UAUAAAACUUAAUAAAUUAUUUCCUCAUAUUCUAAACAGAGUAUGGGAGUAAAGUUCAUCCCAUUCUUCUAUAUAACCCUUAUGCUUCCUUUCUUAUUUGACUCAUUACACUCCACAAAAAAGUUAAAACUAACCAUGCCCAUGAUAUCUACUUCCACUCAUUCAUUCCUUCAAAUCCCCCCGCCGCUGGUGAAUCUAUUUUCCUCCGGCGACAAUUCUAUUAUAUCACCGUCUUCCGUCAGAUUCCGGCAGUCCGGUUACUUCACCACCACCGCCGCCGCCGCCGCCGACGCCGCGACCUGCGCUUCCGUCGAAACCGAAUCUGCCACGUCACCGGAUUCAAGGUACUCGCCGUUGCCUUCUAACCUUGUCCAUGCUUCUCCGUCGUGUUUUUACGAGAUUCUCGGAAUUCCGAUGGGCGCUACGAUCCAGGAGAUCAAGGCAGCUUACCGGAGACUAGCUAGAGUUUGUCAUCCCGAUGUGGCGGCGAUUGAUCAGAAAGACUCAUCAGCGGACGAUUUUAUGAAGAUUCAUGCUGCUUAUUCCACGCUAUCGGAUCCGGAGAAACGUGCUGAUUAUGAUCGCCGCCGCCUUUACCGGCUGCGCCGCCGGAGCGUUAAUUUGUACUCCGGCGGAUGUUCUCCUUCAGUAAUGUCGGGAUUUACCGGGUAUACUCCCCGGAACUGGGAGACAGAUCAGUGCUGGUAGCUCUCUCCGUCGUUGGAUUUACAAUUCGAAGCCGCCUUUUGUACAUUUUGUGAGGCUAGAAAAGUCAGUUCGAUGCACUAAAACUGCUUGCAUUACGUGAAGAAGGAUCGAAUUACAAAGAUUUUAUUAUAUGCGUGAAUUACGUGAAGAAGGAUCGAAUUACAAAGAUUUUAUUAUAUGCGUGAAUUUGUGACCUUCGAAUCACGAGUCUAAUUUGCGAGGCACAGAGAGAUUAAAAAGGGAAAAAACAAAAAAGAGAAAAAUUAGUUAGAUUUUCUUUGUUAACCCUAUUUGAUUAGGGUAUCUACCUUGUAUUUGUACAUGCUGAUUAUUAUAACUGAAUUACUAACAUGAAUUUCAAUUUUCAUAA